CUAGGGCAUGCACCUCCUAUAUAGAGAAUAAGAGAUAAUUUGCACACUGUCUACGGAGUUGAAUGCACACUCCCUGGUGCAAUUGUGAGUUCUCGCAAGCUUCUCCUUCUUACAGACAUGCAUCGGGCAGGUGCUGAAGGAAAUUCUUUGAACUGGAUCAGACUGGGGUGAGAUGGGUACACCGUGUUUCUUUCUAGGCCUGCUUGAAUGAAUAUCUAUCACAUAAUGUCACGCUGUCCAGACCAAGAUGAAGGCCAGCCAUGUUACAGGUGGCGCAUGUGAAAUGCUGGGCACUGAGAGACAGGAGCAUCACUUCGUCCCUGGCUCGGAUCCUUAAUCUCACUGCAUCCUGGGAUUUGCAGUCCAGUCCUCGAACCUGUAUCCCGAAAACGAAGGUGGAAACCACAACUCCCAGCAGCCCUCUUACCUAGGGCACCUUCCGAGCGCAUCUUCUUCGCUGGAGGCCAAGAAAGGGACAGCGACCUAGGCGAACGGACUGACCAGAGAUCCCGCCUUCCGGAGCCUAGCGGCGCUGUGUGAUUGGCUGGAACCUGGGGGGGGGGGGAGGAGAGGGAGCGCCGAUGGCAGGAGGGGGGCGUGUCUGCGCCUGCGGUUCGGUGGUGGCGCGGCCGGGGCCGGCUCUGAGGGAUCACAGGCAACUUCUUUAGUAGCAUCAGCAACAGCUGUAGCUGUGGCUAUAGCAGAAAUGGAGAUGCAGUCCUAUUACACGAAGCUCUUGGGAGAGCUGAAUGAACAACGCAAGAGGGACUUCUUCUGUGACUGUAGCAUCAUUGUGGAAGGACGAAUCUUCAAAGCCCAUAGGAACAUUCUCUUUGCCAACAGCGGAUACUUUCGAGCUUUGCUGAUCCACUAUAUUCAGGACAGUGGGCGGCAUAGCACAGCCUCUUUGGAUAUUGUUACUUCUGAAGCCUUCUCUACUAUUCUGGAUUUCCUCUAUUCUGGAAAAUUGGAUCUGUGUGGGGAAAAUGUAAUUGAGGUCAUGUCAGCUGCCAGCUAUCUACAGAUGACAGAUGUAGUGAACUUCUGCAAGACUUAUAUUCGUUCCUCACUUGACAUCUGCCGGAAGAUGGAGAAGGAAGCUGCGGCAGCAGUGGCCGCUGCAGCCGCUGCUGCAGCUGCUCACCAGACUGAUGGUGGGAAUUCUGCAUGUGGCCGAGAGAUGACUUCUUGUGGUCCCAAAAGCCAAUGUCCCAUCUUGGUGCCCCUGCCAGAAGAAAGAGAAGAAGUUGGAGACUGUUCCAAAGAUGCCUCUUGUGAGGAUUGUACCAGCUGUCACCCACUGGAACUAGUGGUGAAAUGUCCUCCCACUAGUGAUUCUGUGGAUGACUUCCCUUCUCUGCCCAAAGGGUCCGAGCCCAAAGUGGAGUUUGAUUCUGAGGAAGUGGAGGUUGAAGUUGAAGUUGGUGACCGGCUGCAGCAGUAUUCAGCCCCACUGGCCCUGGAACCCUUGGAGGGGGGUCUGCCUGGGAGCCAGGCCUUGGAUCUGGCCUGUAAUAAUUACCACAUGAAGCAGUUUUUGGAGGCCCUCUUGCGUAAUAGUACAACCCAGAGCAAAGAGGAUGCUGCUCACUUUUCUCGAGGUUUUGAGAAUAGACCAGAGGAUGCAGGAGUGGCCAUGAACUCUAUGAUGGACAUCCCAAGUGACUGGUAUGGAGAAGAUGCAGGUGAUGUGCUGGUGGUUCCCAUCAAACUCCACAAGUGCCCUUUCUGCCCAUACACAGCCAAGCAAAAGGGCAUCCUCAAACGGCACAUCCGUUCCCACACCGGUGAGAGACCCUAUCCCUGCGACACCUGUGGCAAGAGGUUCACCCGUCAGGAGCAUCUUCGGAGCCAUUCCCUGAGUGUGCAUCGCUCCAACCGACCGAUCAUUUGCAAGGGGUGCCGGCGAACCUUCACAAGCAGCCUGUCCCAGGGGCUGCGGCGGUUUGGUUUAUGUGAUAGCUGCACGUGCAUUACGAAUCCCCAGGAUGACCCAGCGCCCGUCAGCCUGAGCCAGGUGGAGACGCCCUCAGAGGCUCAGGAGAAGGGCGAUCCGGACAGCGACUGGCCCAUAUAUGUAGAGUCCGGAGAAGAAAAUGACCCCGCGGGGGAUGAUGCUGACGACAAGCAGCAGCUGCAUCGGAGCCUUCUGGACAGAGCGACACUGAUGUAGCAAGAAGCAGGGAGGAGGAGGAUUGUUAGACCCCCCCCUCGCGACCGGGCAUCCUGGGAUGGUUCAAAACCACCCAUGGACUCAGUCUGAUGGAACCUCAAGAGGAUUUUUUUUAAAAGAAUGACUCCCUUUACAUUUUUGAUAAACACUAGGCAGGGGGUUGGUUUUUGUGAUUCUGAAAUGUUUUUUCACUUCUCAGUGCUGUGCACUCUAAUUUUGAGGUAUUUGUCAGCCACUUCCUCCUUCUGGUCAGACUGUGGCUGUUUUUCAGAUCUCUUUUUUCACUGCUGUAUUUUGGAAAUGCGACUAGGAGAGAAGGUGAUUCUCCUAGGAGGUAGGAAAGAGUUUUCUUAUUUGUUUUCUUAUCUCCCAGAACCUCUGACCCUUCCUCUCUUAUAUAUACAUGUGGACACACUUACACCGGGUCUCUUUCCCCCCCUUUCCCCCUAAUUAGUACACUUUUUCUGAGAAGAGAUGGCUAAGGGGACAUUUUGCUUUGGACUUCAUUUGGAUUUUAGCCAAACUGUUCAGAUGUGACUUCCUUUUUUCUGAUGCCUCCAUCAAAUAGAAGUACUUCAAUUCAGACACUACAAAUUCUAAAUUUUGUUUUAGAUAGAGGGUUAAAAUGAUCAGUUAAUUCUGGAAACCAGUAGAACACUUGAAUGUAAAAUCAGAUGUCUGUCCAUAGUGAUGGAUGAGGAAGCAUGUGCCAUCUAAAUCUCCUCCCAACUCCAAGAUUCUAGGGUUCUGUGAUUCCAAGAUUUGAAGGUUCUAAAAUGCCACCAUGUUAAGGCCCUAGUAUUCCAUUUUCCCAAAGUUCCAGGAGAAUCUAAAAUUCUAGGACUCAGAUUCUAUAAUAUGGUGAUUAGCUAGGCAAACAUGAAAAACAUAAUAAAUACUAAUACACAGAAAGCAGUUUUCAAGAACAAAUCAAAGGGCUCUUCUACUCUCUCUAAGGAUAAAUUAGAAAAUAAGCCUUAUAGAGAGAUCAGCAGAGGGCCUGCAGUCAGUCUUUCACAGAAUUUAAACCUGAAUGGGAUUUUAAAAAUCAUCAGUUCCAAACCCUUCGUUUUGCAGAUUAAGAAACAGGCUUUAAAAGGCUAAGUUAUUUGCCCAAAUCACAAAACUAAUCAGUGAUAAAUCACACAACUUUCAGCCUUUGAUAUUUAGUGGCACCAUGCACAUAGCACAUAUUUUGUAAUUCUGAAACACAAAGGAUCAUAGAUUUAGAGUCCAUUUUAUUGAUCAAGAAUAGAAACUACCAGAGACUGACUAUAAAUUACACAAAGUUACCAGAGGUUCAAACCCAAAGGUUCUUGACUCAAAACCUAGCUUUCUUCCCUUUGAAUUGUGUGCCAUUCAGGCUAUUGUCCCAGGAGCCAAGAUAAUAACCUGAUUUCCCUUUCUAACUUCUAUUUCAAGGCUCUGUUGCUAUGUAAGCAUAGAAAUAUAGCUGAACAGAAAUUUCAUGGGUUUUACUUAAAUACAAAAUGUUAAAACCAAAGUAUAAACUUUAAAAAAGCAAGUUUUAGUGCCAACACAGGCCAGUAGUAAUUGAGAUUUUCAAAGGUUCCACAAGGGAGAUAGGGUAGUGCCCAGGGAGAAGAGAAAUGUUUGUGAGAGCCCAGGUACUCGGCUACCCUCUUUGCAAUCUUCUUGGUUAUUCUGGUGAAUGUGGCUGUUUAAAGGAUUAAGGAAAUCUUGGGUGAUAAGGCCUUUUUUAAUAAUUGGGUCCCCUGGUUAAAUUUACAUUGUGGCCUCAUUGUCUGCCUUUUCUUGAGGUACAAAUGUGUUCUCCUGAAGGUAGUAUACUUACUUUGUUUUCUGCCUCUUGAGUAAAAAAAACUAACUAACUAUAUGCCUUAUGGAAUUAGCUAGGGGUCUAGAAAUGAUUUAUGGCUAAAUUACUUUGAACUACAAGUUACUACAAAGAGGUUAAUAUGAUAUGGGCUUAAAUAGCUAGCCAAAGAGAGAGCCAGAGUUAUGGCUGUUGGAAGAAAGUUUAUAGUUGUUGGAGUGAGGUUUGCUAUUAAAAAAUGAACCAAUUCUAGAAACAUUUUCCUUGAUAUAAAAAAAUAAGAGACAAGUCUUCCCUGUUGUUUUAAAGGAAUAUUUUAGUAAGACAGAAGCUCUAAACACGUGGUGGUUGGAGGGAUACAAAGAAAGCAGUUUUCAAUGUUGAAACUUAAGAGUAACCUCUCUUUAAAUGUUUGAGACUUUUCUACCUUCACAUUCCAGUUUUUGUGCCGUUAUUGGCCUGUAAUAAGAUCACAAUCCUAUUUGAGAUCUUAGAACCUUAGAAUCUGUAUUCCUGAGCAUAAAGACAUAAAUGCGCAAUGGGGACUUCUCUGUAAGAUCCAAUAGGAUGGAUAUGCUAGAAAAGGAAGAAUGUCAGCAUUUCAUUCUUUUUAAUAUCCUGAAUUCCACCUUCAGAAUCAGAAUGCUUCACAGACCCUCCCCAAUUCUACUCCAAAGCUUUGGAAACUGGUUGGCUCCUCUUUUUGCAAAGAUACAGAUGGUAGGUAACUACCCCAAGGCGAUAGUUCAUUUCACGUAAAGAAAUAGAAUUGAAGAAAUCCUGGCUUUGAGGUGUGUUCUCAGACCAGUAAAUGGACCAUUACUGAAUUUGAAAGCAGAAUAGUAAGAGAAAAUGAGAUGUGAAAUUUCAUUCUUGAAACAUUUCCCUAGGACAGAGAUUUUUUCCACAAUAAUGUUUCAGCUUGUUAUGAUCACAGAUGGCCCAUUAUUUCCCCUUCAUCUCAAUUCUGGAGAGCAGUAUUCUCACUAAAAGUACUGGCAUUUGUAAUUAUGCUCAGCUCACUGGGUUCUGUCAUCUUGCUGGAGGAGGUGUGUUUUUUUUAAUCUUCAAUAUCAGUUCAUAAAGUAAAUGUCUAUUUAUUUUAAAUUACUGUUCACAUUAUAUUAGGAGAUAUUUCUGAGCAUUUGUUAUUGCCUUUAAACUGUCAUUCAAUGGAGUUGAUAAUGGCUUAUAAGCAGUAAAUUCACAACUGUGCCAACGUAGGCCCAUAGCAAUUGAGAUUUUUGUGUUCCAGAGGGUAGUCUUGAUGACCCCUUUUCCUUCUGUUUAGUUCAAGUUCACAAAGAAACUUUUUGAAAGACUUUAAUAGUAGAAAUGGUGGGCAGAGGAGAAAAAGAAGGGUUUGUGUGUGUAAUGAAAUUUGAAAUGGGAUUCAUGGAGAGUGGAAAUUCAUGGGGACAGGCCUUCCCAGUGAUGGGUGUGGGGUGGGUGUGUUUGGAAUGUAAAUACAGAUUAGUUGUACUAGACUAAAGAAUUCUACUGUCUGGUUCUUUGGCCAAAAGAUGCUGCUAUGUGUAAAUAUUUGAGUGAUCAUUAGACAGUGAACUUCCCUAGUGAGAUGGUGAUCCAUAGUCCAUAGUUGCAGUGUAGCAUGAAAAUUUCUGACCUUUUUAGAUCUUGUCAAGCUGACCAUAGUGAACCUCCUGGAAAAGUGAUGCAGUCAUAUCAGACUCACAAGGAAGGAAGGGAAGAGGCAGAAAGGCCUAAAUAUGGUGGAACUGAAACCAGAGACAGGAAAAAACCUAUCAGACUACUCAGAUGGCUUCAUUUGGGCCUUGAGAUUUCCUUGUGUACAGAGAGCAGGACCAUCCUUCUGAAAUGCUGGGCCCCCUAAAGCUUGGGUUAAGAGAAACAUUACCCAUGAGUACUAACCCAAGAAUGCUAUAGCUUAGCUUCCUGGGGACCUUGCAUUUUUCCUGCAAAGGCCGUCAUCCCUUUAGAAAAGGACACACUUUAUUAUCUGGUUUGGCCCAGUGCAUGUUUGCAUUGAUUUGUUUCUUCUGUUGUUUGGUCAGUCUACCAAGUUCUCUUGCUCCUAGCCAAAUUCUAUUGUAUCUCCUUAAAACUAGAAAAAAAGAAUCCUUGUUCUCACAUGGCUUUUUGAGGAAGUAGGCCUGGAGAAUUGGUGAGGUGAUUUGUGUCUCAUGUAGCCCUUGUUCUAAGAUGGCUAAGAAAACCCUUUCAACUCAAAUCCUGGGGCUAUUUAUAAAAAGCUGAGAAUAGUAUUAUCUGUAGUACUCCCUACCUUCCAGGGUUGCUGUGAGCAAGAUGAUUUUCACAUUGUAAAGACUGUAAACCUAUUAUGCCUAUUAUUACUAUUAUGAUUACCAUUGUUUUCACCAAUAACAUUGUAGAAAUGAAUUUUUUGUUGAUUCAAGGCUUUUAAUGACCUGAUAGCCCUGAAUAAUCAUAAAAUAUUGCACACUUAGUUACAGAAUGUCAGAGCUGGUAGCUUGUAGUUGUUUAUUGAUCUGUCAUGUCCACUUCUUCCUAACUUCAUUGGGCUUUUCUUGGUAAAGAUAAUUUGCUAUUUCCUUCUCCAGGUCAUUUUAUAAAGAAGCUCAGGCAAAUGGAGUUAGGUGACUAUCUCAAAGAUCACACAGCUACUAAGUCUCUGAGGCUGGAUUUGAACUCAUGAACUUGAGUUUUCCUAACUCCAGGCCUGGCACUCUGUGCACUGCACACCUAGCUGGAGUCAUGUAGAUUAUAUCUAUCACUAGAAGGGAAAUCAGAGAUCGAGAAGGGAAGGGUCUGUCACACUGUCACACAAAGUUACACAGUCCCAGCUCUAGAAUCUGUGUCUUAUGUGUACUAGUCUAAAGUUUCCUAUUACAUUGUGCAGUUAUCAGAUAAGUACAUCAGUGAACUAUUUUGGGAGGAGGCCAGCUGCUGGGCAGAGGAAAGUAUGACUGGGGCCCCAUAUGAGUAUAUGUUGGUAUUGGACAUGGGAUGGGUCAGUUUUAAAGUUGGACAAGGAAAGGGGAUGUGAAGAAUCAAAUAGUAAUAGCUUACAUUUCUAUAACACUUUGAGAUUUCAUUGGGCUUUCCUUAUACUGUCCUAUGAGUUAGGUGGUGAAAGUGUUUUUGGUUUUGGUUUUGGAUGGAACAUCUAUAUCACUGAUAUAGAGAUCAGCACCUGCUCUGUGAUUUAUACAUUUAGAGAGAUACCCCGGGGUAUCAGGAGGGUAAGUGACUUGCCCAAGAUCAAACAGACAUUAUCUAUUAGAGGCAGUAUUUAACUCAAGUCUUCCUGACUUCCAAGUGGGAAUUCUGGCUCCUCUCCCAAACUGCCUGUGGUGAAAGUAUCUUUAUCUCUUUUCAGAGAUGAGGGAACUGAAGUCCAAAAAGAGGAAGUGCCUUGGCUAGUGUCACUCCUUUAGUGGAAUCAGAGCGGAGACUUAAAAAAAAAUUCUAACAUCAAUGUUUCUGCCAUUGUGCCACACUAUGCCUUCAGUACUAAGGAAGUUUAUUUAGUUCUGCUGUGUUUUUGUUCCCAAACAGAUCAGCACUCAGCAAAGUCCAGGCUUUGAAUGAAAGAGGAACAUUAGAACCAAUGCAAGCCAUUUACUUUAAAUAAGUAUUAGGGAUUGUUGUUUGCAUGUGUUCAUGGUCUUGGUCUCAAAAGGCCCCUUGGAAGUAAUAGUGAAACAAGAAACUCAAAAUUUUCCUUAUGGCAUUAUAGGAAGAAUCCAGUAUUCAUUGAGAGAUAUUAAGUGUGUAUGAUUCAAGAGGUGGGUGGGGCUGUCUCAUUUGAAGCUAAGAAAAAAUGAGCAGACAUAUCUUCCAUUUUAUUUUGGUGUUCAAAGUAAAAAUGAAUCUCUAAUGUUUGGAGUCGUAGCGCAUUUGAGUGACAGCAUCUUCAACAGCAUCCUUUCUCUAAAAUUUUGCUAGAAGGCCUUUAUAGUAGUUGCUUUGACUAUCAGUAAAAAAAUACUUACUCCUCCUUCCUCUCUCCUCAAGCAGCAUUCCAGUGUUAAAAGAAGGCUUUAUCUAUUUUGAGAUGAAAUUGAAUCUAAGGCCUGGAAGAGUCCAAAUUAGCAUCUCAUGUAGUAAAUGAACAUGGGAACAAAAGAAGAUGAUUCUUAAGGUACCAUUAUUCCUGCUUGGUUUAUGUUGAAUCAAAGAAUGAGGCUGGAACAUAAAGCUUAAAUGAGAACAUCUCCAGCAUUUGUCAAUAAAAAGAUUUUUCUUAUUUGGCAGUUAUUCUCAAAAGCCAAUGCAGGUAUAGGAAUAUCCUGUCCCUUCUAGUACUGGACAUUUAACUCAAGUUGGUCACUGGAAACCUUGGGCUGAGGAAGCAACUCAAACAUUUUUGACAGGAUCAUAGGUUUAGAAUUGCCAGGAAUCUUCGAGCUCACUUACAAGGGAGCCCCUUGAGUAACAUGUGAGAAAACUGGGGUCCAAAAAUGUGAACAACUCAUCCAAGAUUAUACAGGCAUUAAAUGGCAGAGAAAGGAUUUGAAUUCGGGUCUUUUGACUCCAAAUCAAAUACCUUUUUUUUUUUUUUUAAAUCAGGAUCAUGCUGCUUUUAUGAUAAGGUUGUACGUCCAUUAUAAACAAGUUCCAUGGGAAAGUUGUAAGACUCUGCAGUAAUGCAGUGCUGCUCAUCACUGAUGGACAAUGUUGUUUUAGACAACUGCUGUCUAACAUUCUGCCUUAGGAGCAUUUUCUUAGUGCUCCACCAGAGGUUGUUAUUUGUCCUUUACUCUCUAAGAGGACCUUGACUUCAGGGAGGUGAUACCAUGACAUGAAAGUAAAUUGGAUUUAAGUGAGGGAGGGCUGGGUAAGGUCACCUGCCUCACUUUUCCCUUCAGAGCCAUCUAGGUCCAGUGGCUAG